AUGCCACUGUGCAAAGGUGGCAAAAUGGAUGAAAAUCCACAUAACCUUGAUGUUUUAACCAAUUUACAUGACAAUGAAUACGAUCUGACUUUUAAGCAUGACGAAGUGAGUUUAGAGGACGAGGAUCAGAGGAAGCCCAUGAGGUGUGGAAGGCCAAGGGCUGACCCCUACGAUGAUUUUAGCGAUAUUAGAGGCGUUACGCAAGGCCACGACCAUCUGCAAUGCCUUUAUAAUUUCAGUGAUAGGAGCGGCUUCGGCAGUUAUAAUGCCCACUACAAGGAAGACUACUCGGUGAAUGACCGCCUUAAUGAUGGACGUUACAAGGAUGUUAGCCACAAGGACCCAAAUGAAUACAAGGAUGGCUUCAAGUAUUACAAAUCGUACAAGGAUUACAAGGACAAAAUUGAGACUGACACGAGGCUUACAUCGUCCAGCGACGUCUUGAGCAAUUUUAACUACGAAACGAUAGACAACUACGAGGUUGGAGAGAACUACGAGACCAUUGAUAACUACAACAGCGACGAGCGCGCAGCAAGUUUAAAUGACAACUCGGAGUUCGCAGUCAAGGAUAACGACACCGGAUUCAACUUGGAUGAUGCCAGAUUUAAUGCGGUUUUAGAUCUUGACUUAGACGACACCAAAGUAUCGGAUUCUGAUAAGCUUUUGGACUCGGACAACCUGAUAUGUCUGGAUUCGAAGUCGCAGGAUUCAAAUCACCUGUUGGAGUCCACUUUGGAGACCACGAAGCUGAUGGAUGCCGAUUUGGAAUCCAACAAGUCGCUGGAUCUCGAAAAGAAAAGCUUUGAGAUGGAGAACAUGUACGUCAUCUCGGAGGAACUGCGUCAAUCUUACAUUCGCCAGAGUAAGCUUUUGCCGAAGAUAAGAGGUGUCUGGUUUAACUCGACCAUGCGAAGGAUGGGCUGGGUGGGCCAGGCAUACAAGAAGUGCAAGAGGAUCGAAAAGAUAUUUUCAAUCAACAAGCACGGCUUCGAGGGCGCACGGAAGCUGGCGAUUGCAUUUAGGAACUCCCAGAAGCCCACCAGUAAAUCGGACAUACACUAUCCUGAUGUUAGCCUGAAGGAUGUCAUAAAGCCGAUUUCGCAGCUGAGGAUCAAUAUGCCCCGUGCCAACUCUGGCACGAUCUCGAAUUCCAGCAAGACUACCUACAACAGCGGUUCUACUGCUACCAGGGGUGCACCAGGGACUAAUUACGUCUCUACUGGCCGUGUUCUGAACAGUGACCUGGGCAACUAUGUCAACGCGUCCCUCGGUAGCCAGGCGCUAUCCUCGAUCAACGACACAAAUAAAUCGCUAACUGACUUGAGGAAAUAUAAGGACGUCCUGGAUAGGGGAGAGGUGACAGAUCGACACGUUCAGCUAGCGCAUAAGCUUGAUAACCAUGAGGCCCCGGAUAAGGACAUUAACUUGAAGUCAAUCUACGGCGAAGAAAAUGAGAUCGACGACUACCACUACCCAGUCGACUACAAGGAGAUUAUCGACAACUACAAGUCGCAUUUGAGCAGAGAGGAAGCGUCUAUUAGGGAUAACACCUGCAAGGAGGCUAUUCUCUUCAUGCUGUAUGAACUGUCUGCUCUCCUGGAACUCGACUUUCCGAUCCCCCCUCUACCCAAGGGUGAGUGCAAAAGAGGCCUUAGCUUCCACAUUAACUUUUUGGAGAACACUAAGAAGACACGCGACAUUCUUCCUUACAUAAAUUCGCUAGCUCACUACAUUUGUGAGGGUGUUACCCCUACCGAUAUGCCUCAUUUUCAGCUUUAUUCACUGAUACGGACUCUCUCACACUGUGAGCCAUUGAAAAUGACAUUUGUAACACAUUAA